GUGAUAGAGGCAAGGGGCGAGGGUCAGGGAUGGUACCUUGCGCACGCCAUCCUGGUGAAUCAUCCCUCCUCAUCCCAUAAAUAGGUAGAUACAGGAAUAGACGAAGACAUAAAAUCUAGUCAUCUCCGACCCCUUCCGCAACCUGCCCACGUUCUCUGUCUCUCGCUCCAAGGCAUGCCGCUGACGACGCCCUCCUCCCUUUCUGCGAUUUCUCUUCUUCGCAAGCAGUCGAGAUUCGUCGCCGCGUACCUCCACUGUUAUGCCGAAGAAAAGACAUCAGAGCAAAUACUCGAAGCCGCCGUCAGUCGCUCCACCUAUCCUCAGCUCCUCUUCAUCGCGGGCAACGCCUGAACAUCACGAGCGUUCCGUCAACCAAAUCCUCGCCGACCUACGCCGAAGCAGUCUGACGCAAAGUGGCACCUCAACCGGCUAUACCGCGGCCACUCCCACCGUCCCACCGCUGAUCCGCCAGAUCCUCCAGAUUCCCGAGACCCCUGCACCCCCACCCCGAAGACUUCAGCGCCGGGAGAUCAAUGGCCGACGAGCACCUCCGGGGCCCCCACCACCGCGGAGCUGGGUGUCGCUCGCACAAUCCCGACAUGCCCCUCCUGAGCUGAAGGCAAGUGUCCUAGGGCGCAUUCAGAUAUGGCCAUUGCCAGGAACCUACGCGCCAGAUGCGGGCAGCUUUGUCGAUCAGGUUCUCCGGCAGAUUGCGCUAGACUGGGACCAGCAACGACGAUGGAACAAGUUCUAUCUGUACACUUUACCCAGCCGACUUAGAACCACGCUGCUGAGCUACGUUUUGGAGCUCCAUGGGCCAGGCAUUACCAUCAAAGAUCUCCGGCUGAUCCUUGCCGGUCCUGCUGAGGAGGAUCUGGCCCAAUACGAGAUCGAGAAGCCCGACUUGGUCGAGCUAAACGGGGAUUUGCUCUGCCUGGACCUGGCGGGUGCGGUGGGGAAAUCUCUGACACUGAAGGAGCUUAACGAAUUACUGGGUAUUCCCAGGGAAGCGGCCGAACCCGAUCUUCAAGACUCGUGGGAUGUGCCGGCGCCUACGUCAGGACCCGUCAAACUCCUUCCCAACUUGUCGCAGCUCUCUCUGGCUGUCGAUCCCGGGGUAGGACCCCUCGCUUCUUGGAAACAGCUCCUCUCGCUGGCUACGAAGCUGCCGACCCUGACGCAUCUCAACCUCUCCGGCUGGCCCGAACCGUCCCUGACACCAAAUGCCAAGUUUGUGAAGGUUACCUCGUCGGUGGCAACCGGUAGACUCAUCCAGUAUGCCGCCACCGGACCCUACAGUCACGACCUGGACGGCGAGUGGUCGGAAGCCAUCCUGGUGCUAAAGCGUCUGAGCAAAUCCCUCUACAGUCUGGAGUACCUCGACUUGACAGGGUGCGGGGACUGGUUCCCGGCGCUGAUGAAGGAAUCGGACGGAACGUUCAUGGUCGAUUUUGUCGACUGGGCGGGUGACUGGGGCAAGAUCAUGACGCUGAGGCUGUGCUCCGGCUACGCCAUCGCGGAUGAUUCAACGAUCGGCCAAGUCACCCGGUUCGCUGACUGGGCCGAGUCGGCCACGGCGGUAGAGAAGCACAUCAUAGCACAGCGGUCCGGGCGAGGGCGCUGGAUUUCGGUCGAGAAGGAUACUCUCUCGGAGAGCGCCAAGGCCGUUAUCGCGAGCCAGCGGCUCCGGGGCAUCGCAUGACACAUCGAAGGCAGGUAGAUGUGUUCGAUAGAUAGACUUGACACCAUAGAAGGCGGGCAGGCAACGAAUAGAAAGCGAUCGCAACGGGAUAGCUGAUCAUCGUGGU